AUGGCAGAAAAUGCCUUGUUUGAUGCUUUGAUCGUCCAAAGUCAAUAUAAUCGAAAUGCACGACCACUGGAAAACAACUCAUUUGACAAACCAGUCGACGUUCGAUUAGGAUUAAGACUAAUUCAGAUCACCGACGUGGUGAGAAUUCGGUUUAUAUUUUAGGACGAAAAACGUCAAAUCCUCACGUCUACUCUUCGUAAGCGUUGGACAGAUCCAAGGUUGGUGUGGAAUCCAAAAGAAUACGAAAACAUCAAGUUAAUGCACAUUCCUUCUCGUCUCCUAUGGGUUCCGGAUAUUGGACUUUACAUAAGUUAUCCAUAUUUGUUACGCAACAGUGCCGAUGGAAAUUAUGAAAUCCCAUUAAAAACGAACACUCAGGUGUAUUUCAACGGAACAAUCAUAUGGGAACCUGCUGCGAUCUACAAAAGUUCAUGUCCUAUCAACGUUGAGUUUUUCCCUUUCGACAUUCAAGAAUGUUACUGGAAAUUCGGCUCCUGGACUUACGACGGAUCAAAGAUAAAUCUGAUUCACAAAGAAAAUAAUCUCUCUAAAAAAGAAACAGACGAACAUGGAAUCGAUUUGACAGAAUUCUACCCGAAUAUCGAAUGGGAAGUACUUUCAGUGACAGCAGAGAAGAAAGUCAAGUUCUACGAGUGCUGUAUCGAGCCAUAUAUCGAUAUAUUUUUCUACAUCACAAUAAGGAGAAAAACAGUGUUUUAUCUCGUCAACUUUCUCUUUCCGUGUGUUUGCAUUUCCUUUCUUACGAUCCUUGUAUUUUAUCUCCCUGCCGGAUCAGGAGAAAAGAUAACUCUGAGUAUUUCGAUUCUUUUGUCCUUGGCUGUGUUCAUCCUUCUUUUGGCUGAUAUUGUGCCCCCGACCUCCCUUGUGAUCCCUCUCAUUGGCAAAUAUCUUUUGUUUACUGUUAUUUUGGUGACACUUUCCGUCAUUUUGACAGUGAUUGUGCUCAACGUUCACUUCCGGUCGUGUUCUACACAUCGAAUGCCUAUUUGGGUCAAACUACUUUUUUUGUGGGUGUUGCCCUCGUUGCUUAGAAUGCAGAAACUUUAUGGAUCAUUUGAAUCAAGCAAUAACGACAAAGGAUUUGUGAGAUUUCUCUACAAAUUUCAACAAAAACGAAACAAGCUUAUAAAGGCAUUAAAAAAGUGGUAUUAUAUCAAAAAAGACUCCAUAAUUGGGAAGAGACCGGCAAGUCCUGUCAGGACUACAACUCCGACGGGAGUCGAAACAGAAGCAUCGUUGAAUUUAAGGAACGACAGUGUUGAACACCUCAAUAUUUGCAUUCGACAUAAGAUCGAUCAAAAGACUAGAUACUCAGAAUCCAUUCGGAGAUCAAUUGGUUAUGAAAAUCAAUUUAAACAAAACGAAGAAAAAGAAACGAAAAAUCGAAUUUUGGGAAAUUUGCUGAGUGAAUCAAUUCAAAGUUGUAUCGAAGCAGUCAGAUUUAUCUCAGAUAUAAUGAAGGAAGAAGAGGCAAAGAGUUGUGUAUGA